CAUCACUGUCGGACUUGAAUACUCCUGAAGAUGAGCGGAAGAGGAAAAGGCGGUAAAGGACUAGGGAAAGGCGGCGCCAAGCGCCAUCGUAAAGUUCUCCGUGAUAACAUCCAGGGUAUAACCAAACCUGCGAUUCGUCGCUUGGCUCGUCGUGGUGGCGUGAAGCGUAUUUCUGGUCUCAUUUACGAAGAAACUCGUGGUGUGCUGAAGGUGUUCCUCGAGAACGUGAUCCGUGAUGCCGUCACUUACACUGAGCACGCCAAGAGAAAGACCGUGACCGCCAUGGACGUCGUUUACGCACUGAAACGCCAGGGCCGUACUCUGUACGGAUUUGGUGGUUGAAGACAUAACCUGCUUCUUUCAACUCAAAGGCUCUUUUAAGAGCCACCCACGUCAUCUUUAAAAAGCACGUACCCAGAACCUGCGGUAUUGAAAUGUAUAUUUAACGAAAUCAACGUUGGCCAUUCCUAUUGCGAUAAAAGUACUAUGUCAGCGGUGAUCUCACAAUUCGUGGGAGGCACUGAGUUGGUCUAACGGCUCCUCCCCUCGUUUAUUAACCAAUGACACUUUCCUUGGUCAUGGACAGGGGGAAUGAUGCCGAACUCUAGUUUCCUACGGGUGUGUAUAGAAACAGCAUGUCUACCUCUUCGCCAUUACAAGUGCAGAAACUAGCCAAUUAUUAUGCCUGAACCAGCGAAAUCCGCUCCAAAGAAGAAGGUUACA